AUGUUCUCCCCUGAGACUCUGGACCCACAGAACUCAGAGCCUCCAAACAUUAAAGAGGAAGAGGAGGAAUUCUGGGUAAUUCAGGAGGGAAAUCAGCUUUAUGGGCUGGAGGAGCCUGAUGUCACUAAGUUCCCUUUGACUGUUGUCUCUGUGAAGAGUGAUGAUGAAGAAAAACCACAGUCAUCACAGCUUCAUCAAAGCCAAAGAGAUGAGAGCAGAGAAUUGGAGCUUCUUUCUAACAACUCGACUGAACACAGAACACUGAAAAUAGAAGCUCAUGGAGAUGAUUGUGGAGGAUCAGAACCAGCCAGAGACUCUGGGCCAUGCAGUCAUUUACAACAGACUGAUGACAUGCAGCAGUUGUUGCUGAGUAAUGAAGAAAUUCUUCCUGAACAGCAGGAGUGGAACCUGAGUGUUGAACAGAAGGACAUUAAAGAGGAACCAGAGCAACACUGGAGAAGCCAGCAGGGACAGCAGCUUCACCAGUCAGAGGAGUUUGAUAUCACUCAGUUCUCUUUCAAGAGUGAAAAUAAUGAGAAACCACAGUUGUCACAGGUUCAUGAAAACCUUAUUCAUCAGAGCACAGAGGCUGAGCCUCAAUUGCAGCAUUAUCAAGAAUUGGCAUCAUUGCUGUGA